AUGCCCCGUGAGAUAAUAACGCUUCAGCUUGGACAGUGCGGGAAUCAAAUCGGCUUUGAGUUUUGGAAGCAGCUAUGUGCAGAGCAUGGCAUCAGUCCAGAAGGCAUCGUCGAGGAGUUUGCCACCGAAGGAACUGACAGGAAAGAUGUUUUCUUCUAUCAGGCUGAUGAUGAGCAUUACAUCCCUCGCGCGGUCCUCCUGGAUUUGGAGCCUCGUGUAAUCCACUCCAUCCUCAACUCUCCCUACGCCAACCUGUACAACCCCGAGAACAUCUAUCUGUCCGAGCACGGCGGAGGGGCCGGCAACAACUGGGCCAGCGGGUUCUCGCAGGGGAAAAAACUCCAAGAGGACAUUUUCGACAUCAUUGACCGCGAGGCAGAUGGGAGCGACAGUCUGGAGGGGUUCGUCCUCUGUCAUUCCAUCGCCGGGGGCACGGGAUCCGGUCUGGGGUCCUACCUGCUGGAAAAGCUAAAUGACAGGUAUCCAAAGAAGCUUGUGCAGACCUACUCGGUCUUCCCCAACCAAGAUGAAAUGAGCGACGUUGUGGUGCAGCCUUACAACUCACUGCUAACACUGAAGAGGCUCACGCAGAAUGCUGACUGUGUGGUGGUGCUGGACAACACGGCACUGAAUCGCAUCGCCACAGACCGGUUGCACAUCCAGAACCCUUCCUUCUCACAGAUCAACCAGCUGGUGUCCACCAUUAUGUCAGCGAGCACCACCACCCUGCGCUACCCGGGGUACAUGAACAACGACCUGAUCGGCCUCAUCGCCUCGCUCAUCCCAACGCCGCGCCUCCACUUCCUGAUGACCGGAUACACGCCGCUGACCACCGACCAGUCUGUGGCCAGCGUGAGGAAGACCACCGUGCUGGACGUUAUGAGGAGGCUCCUGCAGCCCAAGAACGUGAUGGUGUCCACGGGAAGGGAGCGCCAGCCCAGCCACUGUUAUAUCGCCAUCCUAAACAUCAUCCAAGGGGAGGUGGACCCCACUCAGGUGCACAAAAGCCUCCAGAGGAUCCGAGAGCGCAAACUGGCCAGUUUCAUCCCCUGGGGUCCAGCCAGCAUCCAGGUGGCGCUGUCCAGGAAGUCACCGUACCUGCCGUCGGCCCAUCGCGUCAGCGGCCUCAUGAUGGCCAAUCACACCAGCAUCUCCUCCCUUUUCGAGCGAACGUGUCGGCAGUACGACAAGCUGCGCAAACGGGAGGCCUUCCUGGAGCAGUUCCGCAAGGAGGACAUCUUCAAGGACAACUUCGACGAACUGGACAACUCGCGAGAGGUGGUGCAGCAGCUGGUGGAUGAAUAUAGUGCCGCCACCAGGCCCGAUUACAUCUCUUGGGGAACGCAGGAGCAGUGA